GACGGAUAUAUGACUGCAGUCCGCGCAGCAUGCUCCGCCUCCGCCGCAUUCUGCACCAAGGCUUUUUGCUGGCUCGUGUUACACUUGACGUCCCCAUCAAGAACUUUAUCGCUUAACGUUAGUAGUCUCCGUCUCGUGUCGCUGUCUCACGGUGUUGCACUUGAGUCGACGUCUCCAUCAAGGAAUUUGACGUGCUAGCUACUUAAGCUAGCUAGCUUAGUUGCCAAGGAAGGCUGUCGCAGUUUGACGGUGUUGCACUUGAGUCGACGUCCCAUCAAGGACUUUGAUCCCUCAUUCAUCUGAGUAGCUGACAAGAGAAGUUAUGCUUUUCGUCAGGGCCGUUUGGAAUGAAAAUGGGAAGGAAAUGGAGGGGACCAUCCCUGAUGCCUGGGUUAAUGUAGCUGAGAAAACCCUUCGAUGGCCAAAGACGAGGGCAAAAUAUUGUUUUGACAACCAUGUGGCUCCUAAGGAGGACUGGGAAACUUUCCCAUUGUUGAAAGUAAAAAUUACCUCAGAAAGUUUCCAUGAGUGUGAAGACUACGAUCAAACCAGCCAUGCUGAACUAUGUGAAGAAGAUGAAGACGAAGAGGAUCUGACCUGUCUGAGGCGACUGCUGAGGAGGAUGAUAAAGAAAAGCGGAAAGGAGUGGGCGUCGACAGAUCAAAUAGUGGUUCACCCAGGUCUGCGGGCCGUGACAGGUCAACUGGUCGUACAGCCAGGUCUGCAGGCCGUGACAGGUCAACUAGUCGUUCACCCAGGUCUGCGGGCCGUGACAGGUCAACUAGUCGUUCACCCAGGUCUGCAGGCCGUGACAGGACAACUAGUCGUACAGCCAGGUCUGUGGGCCGUGACAGGACAACUAGUCGCACACCCAGGUCUUUGGACCGCGACAGGUCAACUAGUGUUUUGGGUUCCACAGAUUCGUCCAGGUCCAGGUCCAGGUCUGUGGGCCGGGACAGUUCAAUUAGUUGUUCAUCCAGGUCUGUGGGCUGGGACAAUUCAAGCAGUCGUGUACACAGGUCCCAGGCUGUGGAAGGUCUUUCACAUGAAAUGUCCAGUUAUAAUAGGGAUGUGCCAACCACAUUCCCCCUGUCAGAAGCGAAAUUCCAAAAAAUAGUGCUGACAAAGCUGGUGACUCUCACUGAUGAGGUCAAACAACUCCAGAGGAGCAUGCCUAAAUCUAGCAUUGAGAUCAUAAAGAUUAACACCUUGGAAGAGUUCGAGAGGGAGGAGGCUUCUCUU